UGGCAUCGUAAAACCUUGAGCAUCCUGGAAACAGUGCCAUGUGGGUUAUAGCACUACGCGAUACUUAAAGAAGUACCAUCUCGUGAGUGCAGUAAACAGAUGAAGACACCGUGUCGCGAAAACAUUACGGCAACGGUCAGCGCAGCCUCAGAUGUCAAGGAGCAACUUUAACCCAAAAUAUCCUUCGAUUUACGGAAGAUGGGGAGCAUAGGGAAAUGUCUGCUCGAUAAAGACAUGCUACUUGUGCACAUGUACAGUUUAUAUACAGGAGGGCGCGAAGUCUUAGCUGGAGAAAGAACGGCAGAGAAGGAACAAAAGAGUAAGCGCGCUCAAGAAUAUCUCCGGGAGUAGCGGCUCGUGGCUCUUGUGUAGCCAACUACACGCGCUCUCCGUUCUCAAGCAGUGACAAGCGUCAAACUACCUAUAUCACUACAAGCGACAAUGGCUCACGAACAAGGGGUUUGGGGGUCAAGGUCCUUCAAAAUGCGUUGUGAUGACCAUCACAGAGUGCAAAACGAGGAAAUGCACAAAUUACCUUCAAGCACGACAGUGAAAAAGGACUCGGCAAUUCAUCUUUCUCCACUAACACACAUGUUCUGAAAUACACCGUUACUUUCCCAUGUAGCCGAUUGAAAAAACCGGAACGAAGCAGUCUAGCAACAAGAAAGACCUGGACACUUAUAAACCCUUUUUCAUAAAAGCCUCUAUCAAGGCAUACUUCUCUGUGUUAAACUAUCUUCACAGACUCGCUGCGCGGUGAAGUUGAUUUCCAAAGGAAACGGAAGAGAGAAGAAAGGAAAGAGGAAGAAGAGAAGAGAAGAGAAGAGAGGGAUGAACAAUGGAAUAUGGAGAGAGGGAAGACCCAGACACAAAGCAUGGGGACAGACAGGCAGAUCCUUUGAGUGUGUAGUCUGUGAUACCGGCCCUCUGAGACACUGUCUGCCCCGUUGUCCUCUGACAUCAUGAGCUGGAGCUUCCUGACGCGCUUGCUGGAGGAGAUCCAGAACCACUCCACCUUCGUGGGGAAGCUGUGGCUCACCGUCCUUAUCGUCUUCCGCAUCGUGCUGACGGCCGUGGGCGGCGAGAGCAUCUACUACGACGAGCAAAGCAAGUUUGUGUGCAACUCGGGCCAGCCGGGCUGUGAGAAUGUCUGCUACGACGCCUUUGCGCCCCUUUCGCACGUGCGCUUCUGGGUCUUCCAAAUCAUCCUGUCCGCCAUGCCUUCGCUCAUGUACAUGGGCUAUGCCGCUAACAAGAUCGCCAAGAUGGAGGACAUACGGGGCGGAGGGUCAGGAGCGUCGGGAGGCACUGGGACGAGCACCGGGGGUGGUGGCGGCUACACGCACCGCCGACCCAGGAAGAUGUACUUUGGAGCGCGCAAUAACCGGAGUGGGAUGGAGGAAGGCGAGGAGGAGCAGGAGGAUGACCCUAUGAUCUACGAGGUGCCUGAGCCAGAGCCUCCACGGCGAGACCUCAUGCCUCCGCGGCCCAAGCCCAAGACGCGCCACGACGGACGGCGGCGCAUCCGUGACGAUGGGCUCAUGCGCAUUUAUGUGCUUCAGCUGGUGACGCGCACGGCGCUGGAGGCCGGCUUCCUGGCAGGCCAGUACCUGCUGUACGGCUUCCGCGUGGCCCCGGUGUUCGUGUGCUCAGGCAAGCCGUGCCCGCACAACGUGGACUGCUUCGUGUCACGGCCCACAGAGAAGACCAUCUUCCUGCGCAUCAUGUAUGGCGUCACGUGCCUCUGUCUCACACUCAACGUCUGGGAGAUGCUGCACCUGGGCAUCGGCACCAUCACUGACAUCAUCCGCCGCCGGAGGGCCAGGCCGCCCGACGACGAGUACCAGCUGGGGCUGCUGGCAACGGCCGGCGUGUCCGUUGGCGUAGGGGGCACCGGCGGACCGCUCAGUGAGGGUGAGGGCACUGGCGGCGUCGGGGGAGCGGGCGGCGCCGACUACGUGGGAUACCCGUUCUCCUGGAACACGCCGUCGGCGCCGCCGGGCUACAACAUCGUGGUUAAACCCGAGGCCAUGCCCUACACGGACCUGAGCAACGCCAAGAUGGCGUGCAAGCAGAACCGCGAGAACAUUGCACAGGAGCAGCAGCAGUACGGUUCCAACGAGGACAACUUCCCCACGGGCGCGGAGCCGCGCGCACCGCCCCUCAACAACAAGGACGUCAUCAUCCAGCAGGCGCACGAUCAGCUGGAGGCCGCCAUACAGGCCUACAGCCAGCACCACGGCGGCCAUCAGCAAGAUGACACACACCGAAGCGGAGGCGGGGGUGCCGAUGACGAUGACAAGCCGCAGAGCAACAUCACCCCUGCGCAGAGGGAACGCAAGCACCACCACCGGGCCAAGUCUGGGAGGGGAGGAGGCAGCGCUGGGAGUGGGGGAGGGAGCAGUAGCAACAGCAGCAGCAAAUCAGGAGAGGGCAAGCCAUCUGUGUGGAUCUGAUACCUGCAUUACACUAGUAUCCAAUAUAUAGAUAUAGAAUAUAUAAUACGAAUAUACAACUUUAUAUAUA